UCGGAGGAGACGAUGGGUCCAGUGACGGAGAUGAGGCUGGCCGUGCUGCUGCUGGGCUGCUUCGUGUGCAGUGGGGAUAUGGAACUGACGCAACCUUUGACCCCAUCAGUUGUCCCAAUCAAUAAUGGUUCUUCUGCUUUGGCUGGACUGGAAGUACAGGUGAAAUACAUCCAGAAAGACAAUCGAGCACAAGAAUUGAGGCUGAGGGCCCUGGAGAAGCAGCUCAAAGCACAAGCAGUGAGGCUGAGGGCCCUGGAGAAGCAGCUCAAAGAAGAACAAGUGGCGUUUUCUGCCUCCCUGCUGGCGACAGGAAGUGGAAGUCAAGGUCCCUACAAAGCGGCCAUCACACUCAUCUUCAAACAUGUUUUCACCAACAUUGGAAAGGCCUACAACAGCAACACGGGCGUCUUCACUGCUCCUGUGAAGGGUGCCUACCACUUUGAAAUACACGCUUUUGGGCUUGGGGGAUCCCACGCCACUGGUGCAAUUCUGGUCCUCAACAGUCGGCAAAUCUUUACAGCUUAUGAGUACUCACACGGUCAUGGUACCGCUGGUUCUUCUAACGGAGUCUCCCUGGCUCUACAGAAGGGAGACGUUGUGUUUGUGCGUCUGCUUCAACAUAACCAUAUAUUUGACAAUAGUUACUGCCAUAGCACGUUCAGUGGUCACCUGCUCUUCACAAUGUGAUGGGGCAGGGGAAAUACAAAUGCUAUUAUCGUAUGGGGACGUCAUGGUGAACUCAUUCCAAAUCAAAGAAUGAAGGGAGGUUAAAGAUUUUCUACAGCAUUAGCCUUGUUAGACCGUUCUGAUCUUGGAAGUAUACACAAUGUAUAUUUUGGGGAUUUCAUGUUAUGCAAAAGAUUGGAACUCAAGCUAGUUUAAACUAAACUUUAAAUGUGGAAUGUUUGACAGCUAUAGGCUGAAUUCCUUCAUCAUAAACGUUGUGCUUUGUUUUCAUUUGAAUAGUGUCUGCUGAUGUCAACCCAGGCCACUUUCUACAAACUGCACCGACUCGCUCAACCGGAUCAGUCUCGUAUGCGAUAAAGGCUCUUCCUUUUAGUUUUUUAAAUCAGGUGUGACUCUCUGCUCUUCCCUUGCAAAUAAACACUCUACUUAACCUGAA